GCCGGCUGUCUGCGCCCGGGAGAGGGGGCUGUGCCAUGAGCCAGCUACCGGGCCAGGGCGCCUGAGCAAACCAGCCUGGCCACCCCGGCCGCAGUCGCCAGCCGCAGACAAGGGUACCCAAGACCAGCCCAUGGAAGAAUCGUAUGGAGAAGUAGUGACUAAAGUCAUACAGCAGGAGUGGACAUGUUUGGGUUCCCAACAGCUACCCUGCUGGACUGUCAUGGAAGAUACGCCCAGAAUGUAGCGUUUUUCACAUAUUGGUGCAUCUUACAUGACUUCCCUCUCGUUUUACCAGAUGUGAUGUCAGAAGCCCACAAGUAUGACCAUUCAGAGGCCACCACAGGAUCCUCAAGCUGGGAUUUCCAGAGUUCUUUCAGAAGAGAGAAGCUGGAACAAAAAUCCCCAGAUUCUAAGACACUCCCGGAAGACUCAGCGGGCGUGAGGCAGAAGGCCUAUGAUUGCCAGGAAUGCGGGAAGUCCUUCCGGCAGAAAGGCAGCCUGACGCUGCAUGAGAGAAUCCACACUGGUCAGAAGCCCUUUGAGUGCACGCAGUGUGGGAAAAGCUUCAGGGCCAAAGGCAACCUCGUUACCCAUGAGCGGAUACACACGGGGGAGAAGCCCUACGAAUGCAAAGAGUGUGGGAAACGCUUUAGUCAGCGGGGCAGUCUAGCCGUCCACGAGAGACUCCACACCGGACAGAAACCCUAUGAAUGUGCCAUUUGCCAGAGAAGCUUCAGGAAUCAAAGUAACCUUGCUGUCCACCGGAGAGUUCACAGCGGCGAAAAGCCCUACAGAUGUGACCAGUGCGGGAAAGCUUUCAGUCAGAAAGGAAGCCUGAUUGUCCACAUCAGAGUCCACACGGGCCUGAAGCCCUACGCGUGUUCCCACUGCAGGAAGAGCUUCCACACCAGGGGGAAUUGUAUUCUGCACGGAAAAGUCCACACAGGAGAGACACCCUAUCUCUGUGGCCAGUGUGGGAAAAGUUUCACUCAGAGAGGGAGCCUGGCCGUGCACCAGCGAAGCUGCCCGCAAAGGCUCACUCUGUGACCAUUCACCUCAAAGGAAGUUCCUCUUACGAAUUAAGGAUGCAAACCCUCAAUAAUCAAGAAUUUUAUCCCGUUCUAUAGGCUAAGUGGAAAUCCUUCCAGAAGGACCAGCAUUUGAUAAGGCAAACGGACUUUUUCCCCUGCCCCCAAAUGAGUAUGAAAAAUAAAUGUCUUGUUUAUCAUUA